AUGCCUCCACCCCCGUCAUCGGCCUCGUCAACCGUAACCCUCGCACCACUCCCACCCUUCAAACCCGACCUCUACCAACGCGCCUGGCAAUCAAUACCACAUCCAACCCUCCCCCUCCUAGCAACCGCGCACCAAAAAUCCGUAACCGUAUUCUCGCUCUCGACGCUCUCGGCGCACAGCGCGUUAACCAACGGCCAUGAACGCUCCGUGCGCAGCACAAGUUGGAAGCCGAACCUACCACCUCAUAAACUGUGUCUCGUAACCGGGAGUUUCGAUUCUACGGCGGGAUUAUGGCGGUGGAAUGACGAUUCUUCGCCCCAAGGUGACGACGGUCUGGAGGUUGAAGUCACGGGGGAUUCGGAUAGUGAUAAAGAUCCCGCGGACAAAGAUUGGGAGUUGAUAAUCAUACUCGACGGUCAGGACUCCGAGAUCAAAUCCGUGAGUUUUUCACCUACGGGACAGUUCCUAGCGACUUGUUCCCGCGAUAAAUCGGUCUGGAUUUGGGAGGAUGUAGGCGCGAAUGAGGAUGAUGAUGAGUGGGAGACGGUGGCGGUGCUUAAUGAACAUGAAGGUGAUGUCAAGGCCGUGGCUUGGUGUCCCGAGGUUAAUCGGAGCGGGAGGAGGGGGAGGUAUAGUAGUGAUGUGCUUGCGAGCGCGAGUUAUGAUAAUACGGUGCGUGUGUGGCGUGAGGAGAGUGAGCAGGAGUGGGUUUGUGUUGCGGUGCUUGAGGGGCAUGAAGGGACUGUCUGGGGUUUGCAGUGGGAGCCGAAACCUAGGGGGCAACGGUUCCCGAGGUUGAUGUCUUGGAGCGCGGAUAAGACUGUGAGGAUAUGGACGUUGAAAGAAGAGGAGGAUGAGGAAGAGGAUAGGCCGCAACAUGUGUGGGGUGGUUUGGGGGGUAUACCGAAUACCAUGCGCAGAUCCCUAAAGGAGGAGUGGGAGUGUACCGCUGUAUUGCCGACGGCACAUACGAGGGAUAUAUACUCGGCUGCUUGGAGCCCCGAGUCGGGUAUGGUGGCGAGUACGGGAAGUGAUGGUAUUAUCGCAGUAUACCGCGAGGACAAGGAGGGAGUAAACGGCACCCGACACGCGACAGAAGACGACGAAGCAGCCGCAGAGCUAGAUGGGGAUGUUCAUAUGACUAACGGUCAUACGGAGAACGGAACCAAACCUAAGGAAUCCGAAUCCUACAAGUGGAAGUUAUUAUCAACGACAAAGAACGCCCACGGACCAUACGAAGUCAACCAUGUAACAUGGUGUAAGCGAUACGACCAAGGAUGCCCACCUGAGAGGAGGGGAAUCGAGGAGAUGCUAGUCUCGACAGGAGACGACGGUAUUGUCCGACCGUGGCAGAUUAUAUCAUGA